GUGAGGAGGGAUAUAAACGGGCGCUGGAGCCGGCCGCCGGCCCAGUUGCUUCUCCGGUGGAGCCGCGUGUCGAGCUGUUUUUCAGUUUUCCUAGUCAGGCCUUUCCAAACGUUUCCACGCGGAAACCAAUCGCCAGGGGAGAGGCGCGGCGUCGAGCCGAGCUAGUCUGACGGAACCGCCGCCGCAGCCGAGCGCGCGAGCCCGCCGGGGCGUUAGUCCGUCGGCGCGCAGUCACGGGCCCCGGCCCGACUCCUCAGAGCCAUGAGUUACGGCCGCCCGCCUCCCGAUGUGGAGGGCAUGACCUCUCUCAAGGUGGACAACCUGACCUACCGCACCUCGCCAGACACCCUGAGGCGCGUGUUCGAGAAGUAUGGACGCGUCGGCGACGUGUACAUCCCGCGGGACCGCUACACCAAGGAGUCUCGCGGCUUUGCCUUCGUCCGCUUCCACGACAAGCGCGACGCUGAGGAUGCCAUGGACGCCAUGGAUGGGGCGGUGCUGGACGGCCGCGAGUUGCGGGUGCAGAUGGCGCGCUACGGCCGCCCCCCGGACUCGCACCAUAGCCGCCGGGGACCCCCGCCCCGUAGAUACGGGGGCGGUGGCUACGGACGUCGGAGCCGCAGGUAAGCGGGUGGGCGUCGCGGCCGGGGCUCCGGGAGGGCCUGGGUGACUCACAAAGGCCUGCGGGGGACACGUGGUGGCGGCCGGGCAGAGCCGGCGAGCUGCGAGA